AUGGCUCUCAAGCUCAACACCCAGAACCUCAACUCCAUCCUCAAUGCCGCGAAGGCGGCGGGGGUUACUGUCAACAUCCCCAAUUACCCCCGCGGCAAUGCUGUGAAGGAGGGAAUCGUCCACAUUGGUGUCGGUGGCUUCCACCGAGCCCAUUUGGCCUUCUACAUUGACCGUCUCAUGCGACACCACAACAUGAAGGACUAUGCCAUCUGCGGUGUCGGCCUGACUCCCUUCGAUAACGUCAUGCGCGAUGCAUUGGACUCGCAGGACGGGCUCUACACUGCCAUCGAGCGCUCCCCAACUGGCAGCAUUGCCCACAUUCUCGGUGGCAUUAACUCAUACCUCUUCGCCCCCGAUAACCGCGAGGCUGUGAUCGCCAAGAUGGCACACCCCGACACCAAGAUUGUGUCUCUGACCAUCACCGAGAGCGGCUACUACUAUAACGAAAACACCCACCAACUCCAGACCGAGAACCCCGACAUCCAGGCCGAUCUUGCCGGUGACAAGGACCCUAAGACCACCUUCGGUUUCCUCUACCACGCUAUGGCCCGCCGCCACCAGGCUGGUCUGAACCCCUUCACUGUUAUGUCUUGCGACAACAUGCAAGGAAACGGUUCUAUCACCCGCAACAUGCUCGUCUCGUUCGCCCGCCUCCGGAACCCUCCCCUCGCUGACUGGAUCGACGCAAAGGGCCAAUUCCCUAACGCUAUGGUUGACCGUAUCACUCCGUCGACCUCCGAGGAGGACAAGGCUGGACUCGCAAAGGAAUUUGGAAUCGAAGACUCAUGGCCCAUUGUCACCGAACCCUUUACCCAGUGGGUCAUCGAAGACCACUUCGUCGACAAUGCCCGCCCCGAAUUUGAGAAGGUCGGAGUCCAGAUUGUCAAGGAUGUUAAGAACGUUGAGGAAUUUGAGAAGCACAAGCUCCGCCUGCUGAACGGCAGCCACGCCAUUAUCGCCUACGGUGGCUGGUUAGCUGGCUACAAGUACGUGCACGAGGUCAUCGCCAACCCGCUCUUCCGUGAAUUUGUCUGGAACAUGAUGCAAGAGGAGGUGAAGCCCACUCUCCCGACCAUCCCCGGCCACGAUGUCGACCACGUUUCUCUAACCCCCCCUAUCCGCGACACUCUGCCCCGUAUCUGUGGUGGCGGUACCGGCAAGAUCCCCCAGUUCAUCAUGCCCACCAUUGCUGAAGAGAUCUGGGUGACUGGACCUUUCCGCCGUCUGUGUUUCACUGCUGCUACCUGGUUUCACUACAUCAAGGGUGUUGAUGACUUGGGCAACAAGUUCGAGGUUCAGGACCCUAUGCUCGAGGAGAUCCAGGCCAAGGCUAUCGCUGGUGGUACCGAUCCCCGCGAGCUCCUGAGCAUCAAGAGCUUGUUUGGUGACGAUCUACGAAACGACGAGCGUUUUGUAUCCACCAUGACUGAGGCCCUUGAGGAUAUUGCCCGCGACGGUGUCCUCAAGUCCUUGCCUAAGUGGAUCAAGGGCUAA